AUGGAAGGCACUACCACCGGUUGUUUCGAUUCUCUCUUUGCAGCAUUCGGCAAGAGAAGCUCCUCCAAUGCUCAAUCGUCUCGCAUUCCUCCUGCUUACACACCUCCCACUGAAGAGAAACUACCCGCUUAUGAAGAGUGUGUCUCCAAGGCUAUGAGCCAAUUGGACAUCAAGCACGAUACCGAGUUGGAACGUAUUGUAUCAGAUGCCAUCCAAGCUGUAUCAGGCGACUUGCGUGAAAUCAGCCUUGAUUUGCACGAGAAUAUGGAAACGGGCAUGAAGGAAUUCCACGCACAUCAAAUCUUGACCGACUAUCUCGAGAAGCAGGGCUUCAAGGUCACUCGUCAUGCUUACGGUAUGAAGACCGCUUUCACUGCCGAAUUUACUCGUGGUCAAGGUCGCCGUAUCGGUUUUUGCUCUGAAUACGAUGGUCUCCCAGGCCUUGGUCAAGGUUGUGGGCAUAACUGUAUUGCCAUUUCCGGUGUUGCAGCAGCUAUUGGUGUCAAGGCAGCCUUAGAAAGUGGCAAGGCAUCCGGAAAAGUGAUGCUCUUUGGCACCCCAGCAGAAGAGCUUUCAAUCGGCAAGAUUGUUUUGGUACAAAAGAGAGCAUUCCAAGAUAAUGUUGACGCAUGCUUGAUGCUUCAUCCAGCUGCCUAUGACUCUGAGCGUGCUGCCUUGAUUGCUAUCCAUGAUGUGCGUGUGGAAUUCUUUGGUAAAGCAAGCCAUGCAUCAGCUGCUCCUUGGGAAGGUGUCAAUGCUUUGGAUGCUAUGGUACAAUUGUGGAACAAUAUCAGCAUGAUGCGACAACAAUUGAUGCCCACUGAUCGUGUGCAUGGUAUUGUUACAGAUGGCGGCAAGGCGCCCAAUGUCAUUCCCGAUCAUACAUCCGCUUUCUUCUUUGUCCGUACCACCAAAUACGAUCAAAUCAUCCGCUUGAUGGAAAAGAUGGAAAACUGCUUCCGAGCUGCUGCCAUGGCAACCGGUUGUGAGGUGAAGUGGACAUGGCGCGAGAUCGGCGUCACCAAGGAUGUCGUUCAAAACAACCCCAUGGCAGAUGUAUACAAGGAUUAUAUGGAAAGAACUGCUGGUACCAGCUUCCCCAGUAUCGCUGAGCAAGAAAAGAAGGGUGGUGGAUCAACAGACAUGGGCAACGUCUCCUACGAAGUACCUACUCUUCAUCCUAUGAGAGCUAUCGGUACCACCGCUGCCAAUCACACAAUCGAAUUCACAAAAGCUGCAGCCACAAAGCAGGCACAUGAAGCAACCCUUCAAGGCUCUGAAGGUUUAGCUGUAACUGCACUCAAGGUUUUGAACAAUGAUAGCUUCUUUGAGGCUGUGAAGAAGGAUUUCGAGGCUACCGUUCGAUCGUAA